GCACCCUCAGAAGAACAAAGUGAGGAGACAGAAGGAGCUAGUAGACCUACAGCAGUGGCUGAGGAUGAUGAGAAAGACACAAGUGAGAGAGACAAUAAUGAAGGCAAGAACUCUAAUAAAGACACGGAUCUCGACAUUGUUAGUCUUUUAAAAUCGAGGUGUUCUCUUCUUUUGGGGGAAUCAGGAAUAAUCACACCAGAAAAGGAGCUAAAAGUCAGUGUGGCAGGGGGAACCCAGCCACUCCUGCUGGCAAAAGAAGAGGAUGUGGCAACAAAAAGAUCAAAACCUACAGAGGACAGUAAAUUCUGUCACGAACAGUUCUAUCAGUGUCCUUAUUGUAACUACAAUAGUAGGGACCAAAGUCGUAUCCAGAUGCAUGUCCUGUCACAGCACUCGGUACAGCCUGUCAUCUGCUGUCCCCUUUGCCAGGACGUCCUCAGCAACAAAAUGCACCUCCAGCUGCAUCUGACGCAUUUGCACAGUGUGUCUCCGGAUUGUGUGGAGAAGCUGCUUAUGACAGUGCCUGUCCCUGAUGUGAUGAUGCCCAAUAGUCUGCUACUGCCAGCAGCCGCCUCUGAGAAAUCAGAACGGGACACACCUGCAGCCAUCACAGCUGAGGGGCCUGGAAAAUAUUCAGGUGAAAGUCCCAUGGAUGACAAAAGUAUGGCGGGUCUUGACGACUCAAAGGCUAUCAUGGAAAUAAAGAGUGAGGAGCAGAAACCGACAAAAGAACCCACAGAAGCGUCGGAGUGGAAUAAAAACAGCAGUAAGGAUGGGAAGAUCUCUGACCCACUGCAAGAUCAGUUAAGCGAACAGCAAAAAAGGCAACCACUCUCUGUUUCAGACCGCCACGUUUAUAAGUAUCGCUGUAACCACUGCAGCUUGGCUUUUAAGACUAUGCAGAAGCUUCAGAUACAUUCCCAGUAUCAUGCGAUUCGGGCCGCGACAAUGUGUAAUCUCUGCCAGCGUAGUUUCCGUACAUUCCAGGCUUUAAAAAAACACUUGGAAGCUGGCCACCCUGAACUGAGUGAAGCUGAACUUCAACAGCUGUAUGCCUCCUUGCCUGUGAAUGGUGAACUGUGGGCAGAGAGUGAAACGAUGGCCCAGGAUGACCAUGCCCUAGAGCAGGAAAUGGAGAGAGAGUAUGAGGUGGACCACGAAGGGAAGGCAAGUCCUGUAGGAAGUGACAGUAGCUCUAUUCCAGAUGACAUGGGCUCUGAACCAAAGCGGACCUUACCUUUUAGAAAAGGGCCAAAUUUUACAAUGGAAAAAUUCCUCGAUCCAUCUCGCCCAUAUAAAUGUACAGUGUGUAAAGAGUCGUUCACCCAAAAGAACAUUCUCUUGGUCCAUUAUAAUUCAGUUUCUCACCUGCAUAAGUUGAAAAAGGUUUUGCAGGAAGCCUCCAGUCCGGUUCCUCAAGAAACCAACAGCAGCACAGAUAACAAACCCUACAAGUGCAGCAUCUGCAAUGUUGCAUACAGCCAAAGCUCGACGUUGGAAAUCCAUAUGAGGUCCGUGCUCCACCAGACAAAGGCUAGGGCUGCAAAGCUGGAGCCCAGCAGCCACGUGGUCAGUGGGCACAGCGCCGCCAACGUUAGCAGUCCUGGCCAAGGGAUGUUAGAUUCCAUGAGUUUGGCAGGAGUAAGCAGCAAAGACACCCACUUAGAUGCCAAAGAAUUAAAUAAAAAGCAAACUCCAGAGUUAAUCUCUGCUCAACCUGCUCAUCACCCACCACAGUCACCAGCGCAGAUUCAGAUGCAGCUGCAGCACGAGUUGCAACAGCAGGCUGCGUUCUUUCAGCCUCAGUUUCUUAACCCUGCCUUUUUGCCUCACUUUCCUAUGACCCCAGAAGCGCUGCUGCAGUUUCAGCAGCCUCAGUUUCUCUUUCCAUUCUACAUCCCCGGGACCGAGUUCAGCUUGGGGCCUGAUUUGGGCUUGCCUGGCUCUGCCGCAUUUGGGAUGCCGGGCAUGACCGGAAUGGCCGGAUCCUUGCUUGAAGACUUGAAGCAGCAGAUUCAAACCCAACAUCAUGUUGGCCAAACUCAACUCCAAAUACUCCAGCAACAAGCACAACAGUACCAGGCCACACAGCCUCAGCUGCAGUCCCAAAAGCCACAGCAGCAGCCCCAGCCUCAGCCGCAACAGCAGCAGGCCAGCAAAUUACUGAAACAAGAGCAGACCACUUUGGCCAGUGCUGAGUGCCCGAUUGUUAAGGACAUACCCUCUUUCAAGGAGGCAGAAGAGAUGGCGGAAAAGCAAGACAAGCCAAAGCAAGAAGUUAUAAGUGAAGGCGAAGGGCUCAAAGAAGGCAAAGACGGAAAGAAGCAAAAAUCCUCGGAACCAUCCAUCCUGCCGCCCCGAAUCGCUUCAGGGGCCAGAGGAAAUGCAGCCAAAGCAUUACUGGAAAACUUCGGUUUUGAGCUGGUUAUUCAGUAUAAUGAGAACAGGCAGAAGGUACAGAAGAAGGGCAAAAGCGGUGAAGGUGAAAGCACUGAGAAGCUGGAAUGCGGAACGUGUGGGAAAUUGUUUUCCAAUGUUCUUAUUCUAAAGAGUCACCAGGAACAUGUACAUGGCCAGUUUUUCCCAUACGGUGCACUAGAAAAAUUUGCUCGUCAGUACAGGGAGGCCUACGACAAGCUUUAUCCGAUUUCACCCUCUUCUCCAGAAACACCGCCUCCCCCGCCACCGCCACCCCCGCUGCCUCCAGCUCCUCCGCAGCCUGCUUCCCUGGGGCCGGUGAAACUCCCAAGCACGGUGUCUACGCCAAUACAAGCCCCACCGCCCACUCCCCCGCCCCCACCCCCGCCGCCCCCUCCUCCUCCUCCUCCCCCGCCCCCACCCCCCUCCGCUCCCCCUCAGGUCCAGCUGCCAGUGUCUUUGGACCUUCCCCUCUUUCCUUCCAUCAUGAUGCAGCCGGUGCAGCAUCCUGCGCUUCCUCCCCAGCUCGCCCUGCAGCUGCCCCAGAUGGACACGCUCUCCGCGGAUCUCACUCAGCUCUGCCAGCAGCAGCUCGGAUUAGAUCCCAAUUUCCUAAGGCAUUCUCAGUUCAAACGCCCCCGGACAAGAAUUACCGACGACCAGCUGAAAAUCCUGAGGGCUUAUUUUGACAUCAAUAAUUCUCCAAGUGAAGAACAGAUCCAAGAAAUGGCGGAAAAAUCUGGCCUCUCUCAAAAAGUUAUCAAGCACUGGUUCCGAAAUACGCUUUUUAAGGAGCGGCAGAGAAAUAAGGAUUCGCCGUACAACUUCAGCAACCCUCCCAUAACUGUUUUGGAGGAUAUCAGAAUUGACCCACAGCCCUCUUCUUUAGAACAUUACAAAUCGGAUGCCUCCUUCAGUAAAAGGUCUUCGAGAACCAGGUUUACUGACUACCAGCUUAGGGUUCUUCAAGACUUUUUUGACACAAACGCUUACCCAAAAGAUGAUGAAAUAGAACAACUUUCCACAGUUCUCAAUCUACCUACCCGGGUUAUCGUUGUGUGGUUCCAGAAUGCUCGGCAGAAGGCACGGAAGAGUUACGAGAACCAAGCAGAAGCUAAAGAUAACGAGAAACGAGAACUCACUAAUGAGCGCUAUAUCCGGACCAGCAACAUGCAGUACCAGUGUAAAAAGUGCAAUGUGGUUUUCCCCAGAAUCUUUGACUUGAUUACGCAUCAGAAAAAGCAGUGUUAUAAGGAUGAAGAUGACGAUGCCCAAGAUGAAAGCCAAACUGAAGAUUCCAUGGACGCCACGGAUCAGGUGGUGUAUAAGCAUUGCACAGUGUCUGGCCAAACGGAAGCAGCCAAAAACGCUCCUGUCGCUGCCGCAAGUUCUGGCUCUGGGGCUAGCACCCCGCUGCUUCCAUCACCCAAGCCAGAACCUGAGAAGACGUCUCCCAAACCUGAAUAUCCCACAGAAAAGCCAAAGCAGAGUGAUCCCUCGCCCCCUUCUCAAGGCACCAAACCAGCCCUGCCAUUAGCAUCCACUUCUUCAGAGCCACCACAGGCUGCGGCCGCCCAGCCACAGCCGCAGCCACCAAAACAACCCCAACUGAUUGGAAGACCCCCCUCGGCCUCUCAGACCCCGAUCCCUUCGAGUCCACUGCAGAUUUCCAUGACUUCUCUCCAGAACAGUCUACCUCCGCAGUUACUACAAUACCAAUGUGAUCAGUGCACAGUUGCCUUCCCAACUCUGGAACUCUGGCAGGAGCACCAGCACAUGCACUUCCUCGCUGCUCAAAACCAGUUCCUUCACUCUCCAUUCUUGGAACGGCCCAUGGACAUGCCCUACAUGAUAUUCGACCCCAACAACCCGCUGAUGACCGGACAGCUGCUGAGUGGUUCUCUCACACAGAUGCCCCCUCAGACCGCGUCCUCCCACACCCCGGCCUCUGCCACCGUUGCUGCUUCCCUUAAAAGGAAACUGGAUGAUAAGGAAGAUACUAACUGCAGUGAAAAGGAAGGCGGGAAUAGCGGUGAAGACCAGCACCGUGAUAAACGCCUGAGAACCACGAUCACCCCGGAACAACUGGAAAUACUCUAUGAAAAGUACUUACUGGAUUCCAAUCCUACCCGAAAAAUGCUUGAUCAUAUCGCCCGUGAAGUGGGGCUGAAGAAGAGAGUCGUGCAAGUCUGGUUUCAGAAUACACGGGCGCGAGAGAGGAAAGGCCAGUUCCGGGCUGUGGGUCCCGCCCAGUCUCAUAAACGGUGUCCCUUUUGCCGAGCCCUGUUUAAGGCGAAGUCAGCCUUAGAAAGCCACAUUCGCUCCCGGCACUGGAAUGAAGGAAAGCAGGCAGGUUACAGCCUGCCCCCAAGCCCUUUAAUAGCAACAGAAGAUGGGGGUGAAAGCCCGCAGAAGUACAUUUAUUUUGAUUAUCCAUCUUUGCCAUUAACGAAAAUCGAUCUAUCCAGUGAGAAUGAGUUGGCUUCUACUGUGUCAACGCCUGUGAGUAAAACAGCAGAGCUGUCACCGAAGAAUCUGUUAAGCCCUUCUUCUUUUAAAGCGGAAUGUUCUGAGGAUGUAGA